UACGUAUUGCCAUUACCCUUGUUGGUUGUACCCUACGUUUGUUCGAAAAACUCAACGAUCGUAAAAUGUCGAACGUUUUUCAUGUUACCACAAACAAAGGGAUCGUUCUUGCUUUUUCCAAAAAUAUCGAUACAACUCCGAACGAGUUCUAUUGGAAGGAAUUGGAAUUUGAUUUUCAUGCCUCUUGGCCAUCAGGUUUGACGAUUUCACCAGUUACCGGGGAUGGUCCUGAAAAUCCUUUUUACAUUAGCCAGUCAUAUAUUUCUAAAGCACCUGAAGACGCUACCCGAGAAGCUUAUCGAAAAUUUUUAAGGAAUGGUACGGUUUUGAAAUUUCUCGAUGACAAUACCGUCAUUGUAUUGCGUCCGAAUGGUGUAGUCAUUGAAUGCACAUCAUUCGAGGAUAUAACAAUGGACGAAAAUAAUCUCGAGGAAGAUCAUGAAAUAAAGCAAAGGAAGUCAAAUGAUAUAACAUCUAAAAAAAAACUAGAAAAGAAAAGAUCAUCGAUUAAUACCAAAAUUCUUCCAUUGGUCGCUGAGGAGAAGGAGGAUGUUGAAAGAAAAUCUUCAAAAAUGACGGACGAACUGAUGGUUAAGUUUCGUUCCAGAUGGAGCACAACAACGAUUAGAACGAUUUGACAACGAAGAAUCAGUUGGACAUUCGUUCGGGAAUGCAGUAUCCAAGGAUCAAAGUGACAGGAUACAAUGUUCUGGAUCACGAUGGUAAACGGUACGAGGUGCUACGCGAUCUGAUUGUGCGCGAAUACGAUCGAUUACUGGUGAGAGCGAAUUCGGACUACGAGGUCGACGAAAAUUUCACGCGACGAUCCGACGGGACCGACAUGCUGUUCCGUUCGAAUGGCGAAUUGAUCGUCCAUUUUAUUGAUGGUACACGCAUUACGACUGGCUAUAAAAUCGAAGAAGAACCUUUGAUCUGUGAUUGGACAGCGGACGAGUUUCAACGUUACUUUGGAUCGAUCAAAUUAUACGAACACGGUGAUGAACUUUUCGAAGUAAACUCUCGUAGCAACAACAGCAAUAACAAGGACAACAGCAACGAACUUUGGCAGGAAGAACCUUUAAACGAGAAUGGUCGAUACGAAAAUGAAAUGACGAGGAUAUUGAUCGCAGACGGCUUUGUCUCGGUUCUAUUGACUUGCCUGUUCGAGCACAAGAACUAUGCUAGUGUAUCCUACGAUCAGUCAGCAGUUAGUUGCACUCUAUCGAUGCCAGCCGAUCUUCGAGUCAGCAUAUCGCGAAGAGGUCAUUACGAAGUUUGGGCGCCUGGCGAAGUUAAUCUCAAGAUCGAAUCGGAUAAAUUGAUCUUCAGUAGCGAGAUGUGUGCCACCUGUGCCGGAAGGUCCACCUCCGUCUAUAACUUUUACAGGCGAUUCGAGCCAAUCGCUUCGACGAUCUUUACGAGCAGCGAUCUUUUCGGAAACGUUUUCGAGGUUAAAAGUGACGGGACGACGAGUUACCGUGGUAAAAGUCGCGAACGACCGUCACGGAAAUUCGAUUUCAACGAGAAUGAUCUAGAUGACGUAGAAACGUCGGAAGGAGAGUACGAAGAAUACGAAAAAGAGAAGGAAGAAGAGGAGGAGAAUGUAGAAAAGUCAGUGGGCCCAAGGAAACAUUACAACCAUAUGAGCGAUCAUGAAAAAUAUUGCCAAGAAUACGAAAUAUACUUAAAGCAAGCCAAUCCACGAUACAGAAUAUUUUCAAUGAAUCGCGAUUUAACGGGUUAUGAGUAUCUUCAUCGAUCGGUCAGACAUCGAGAAAAGAUGGUCGUUGUUCUUAACAAGAAGGCAAGCGCCAUCGCCCAUCCGGUUUGCGUUCAUCGAUCGAACCUCUAUCGUCUGAUUACAUUUACGCCUCUGGAAACUGAACUUCGAUCAAAGGCAUUGUUACAAUCGUAUCAGAUUCCGAAAGUCAAACCGACGAACAGCGACAGAAGAGAUUUGCUACGUAGUACGUAUUCGAUUCCAUACGAUUGGCUCUUUCCAUUUGGCAGAAACGGCCAUGGAAUUUGCAGCGAUACAUACGACAUGCCGUUGGCCAAAACUAUUGAGAGACGCCCACCGAGAACUCUGCGGCUUCGUAUAUUGCAUGGUUUCAAAGAACCCGAUAGAAAUGCCAUAAUCGAUUUACAAAAAGCUAUGGCAUGCUAUUGGCGAUACUUGUUAGACAAUGUCGAUGAAUGUCGAAGGUAUACCCCCGGUGAAGAGUGUGUUCUUUCCGAACUCGAAGACGAUUACAAAACUUGGAAAGAUAAUAUCAGAGAGUUCGCUCUCGGUAUACGAACGAAUAUUGACGUUGCGACUUAUGUUGAUAGUUUGCAACGAUGUCAAAUAAAAGAAAGUCCGACGAAAGCUGAACACACGUCUAGUAGGUUGAAGGAUUUGAAGGAAUCGAAAAGAACAAACGAGAUCCAGCUCGAAUGGUAUAAACGUUGCUGGAGGGAACAAAUUAUCCUACCAUAUUUCAAGAAUGUCGUUGGUAUGUGUUUCUUAUUGAUAAUUGAUUGUUUAGACCGAACAAUUUCAAUAAUAGAAGAAAAAGAAAAAGAAGAAGAAGAACAAUAACAAUUAUUAUGAUCGUUAAUAAUUAUCUUUAAUAAAGUAUUAAUCAGCUUAAUCAAAUAUAUGAUUUUAACGAGUUCAAACGAGUUUGAAUGAACGAUUUGAAUUUUUAUAAAAAAAUAUUUCAAGUUUGGGAUUCAUAUUCUUUUUUAUACAUACGUCAGCCGCACAUCCAACAAAAUAUGAAUUUUAAUAAUCAUUAUUUCACGAAGUUAAAUUUCCUUCAUAAAAAGUUAUGUAAUUCUAAA